AUGAAUAUCGUGGAAUGGGCCUUUGGCAAGCGCAUGACGCCGCAGGAGCGGCUGCGCAAACACCAACGGGCCCUCGAGAAGACGCAGCGUGAGCUCGACCGUGAGCGCGUCAAGCUGGAAAACCAAGAGAAGAAGCUGGUGGCAGACAUCAAAAAGAGCGCCAAGAAUGGUCAAAUGGGCCCUCUGCGCAUCCAGGCAAAGGACUUAGUGAGGACAAGGAGGUAUAUCCAGAAGUUCUACCAAAUGCGCACUCAACUACAGGCGAUAUCACUGCGGAUACAAACGGUCCGCAGCAACGAGCAAAUGAUGCAGUCUAUGAAGGGCGCAACGGUUCUGCUGGGCAGCAUGAACAGGCAGAUGAACCUCCCUGCACUUCAGAGAAUAGCGAUGGAAUUCGAGAAGGAGAACGACAUCAUGGACCAGAGGCAAGAGAUGAUGGACGAUGCCAUCGACGAUGUCACCGGGCUGGAGGAUGAGGAGGAGGGCGAAGAGGUCGUGCAACAGGUCUUGGACGAGAUUGGUGUGGACCUAGGACAAGCGCUUGGCGAGACGCCGACGGGCCUACAGAAAUCGGGCGUCGCUGAAGGCAAGGUAGCACAGGCUGUCGGCGGAGGUGACCCAGAUGACGACGAUCUGCAAGCACGACUCGACAGCCUGCGACGAUGA